UACAAAAUAAGUUACAAAUAACGCAAAAAAAAACACAUAAUAGCACAAUUGGUUGGGCGGCCGUAAAACUGCUGCCAUUUCUUCCGGCGCCAUUCUUGUCAUUCUGUUAACAAAAACCCACAUAUCUUUAAGAUAUUUUCGCAUUUCUCUCCCUCACGAGGAGGGAGGAUAGUAUAAGUUCACAGAAGUAACAGGUAAAUGUAGACCUACCAAUUAGCUAUUGUUUUUAUUUUUUACUGAUAAUUUGGUUUAUGAUUGAAAUGUGUCAAUCACUUAAUGUGAUUACCAAAUCUUUAAGUGACCAAAAAAUCAGUAACAGAAUGACUGCAACUGAAUUCUACUGUCCUCCCUUCCACUGGCAUACUGUUAUGUUCAUCUCAUAGGGUCUCCUUCCACUGGCAUAUUGUUAUGUUCAUCUCAUAGGCUCUCCUUCCACUGGCAUAUUGUUAUGUUCAUCUCAUAGGGUCUCCUUCCACUGGCAUAUUGUUAUGUUCAUCUCAUAGGCUCUCCUUCCACUGGCAUAUUGUUAUGUUCAUCUCAUAGGCUCUCCUUCCACUGGCAUAUUGUUAUGUUCAUCUCAUAGGGUCUCCUUCCACUGGCAUAUUGUUAUGUUCAUCUCAUAGGGUCUCCUUCCACUGGCAUAUUGUUAUGUUCAUCUCAUAGGGUCUCCUUCCACUGGCAUAUUGUUAUGUUCAUCUCAUAGGCUCUCCUUCCACUGGCAUAUUGUUAUGUUCAUCUCAUAGGGUCUCCUUCCACUGGCAUAUUGUUAUGUUCAUCUCAUAGGGUCUCCUUCCACUGGCAUAUUGUUAUGUUCAUCUCAUAGGGUCUGCUUCCACUGGCAUAUUGUUAUGUUCAUCUCAUAGGGUCUCCUUCCACUGGCAUAUUGUUAUGUUCAGCUCAUAGGGUCUCCUUCCACUGGCAUAUUGUUAUGUUCAUCUCAUAGGGUCUCCUUCCACUGGCAUAUUGUUAUGUUCAUCUCAUAGGCUCUCCUUCCACUGGCAUAUUGUUAUGUUCAGCUCAUAGGGUCUCCUUCCACUGGCAUAUUGUUAUGUUCAUCUCAUAGGGUCUGCUUCCACUGGCAUAUUGUUAUGUUCAGCUCAUAGCAUAAUGGUUUUCUUUCUCUUUCUGACGCGUGGUGGUCAAAGCAAUAGUGUAAAAACAGUCCAGACAACCCCUUCCUCUCUCUCUCCCUGUCUCUCUUCUCUCUCUCUCUCUCUCUCCAGCUAAUGUCACCUCUCUUGGCUCUUACUGACCGUAACCAGCCCUCUCACCCACUGAGCACUGACGGACACCAGACGUCCAUAGACGUUGAAAGUCGUUGAAAUUUGGUUCCGGUUCCUAGGGUCGGUGGCAUCCCUGACAACCAGGACGUUCUCCCGGGGGCCUGUGUCUUUGCAGGGGAAGGCCCCGGACAUGUCUGAGGGAAAUGCUCACUUGCUAAUGUCCAAUGUGCGCAACAGGCUGAGAGAGAUUGUGGGAGCGUCCACUAACUGGAGAGACCACCAGCAGGCGCUAGCUGACCGUUUGUCAUUGUCCAAUCAGCUGGCUGGUUCUCAGGAUGAGCUUCCCGUCCGCAGGAUGAAGGACAGCUACAUAGAGGCCCACCUUCCCCUGGGCACAGACCCUACCCUUAGAGAGAAAUACCUCAACUACCUCAAAGGUGUCAGGUUUGGCCGUAUCCUGGAGGAUCUGGACAGUCUAGCAGUGUUGAUCUGUUACUCUCACACCCAUAACAAGACACUUCAAAGAUCUCCUCUGUCCAUCGUCACUGCCCUGGUGGAUAAGAUAGACAUGAGGAAACAAAUCAUCCACCCUGACUGUGACAUCAAGUUCACUGGUCACGUGACCUGGGUGGGGAAGACCUCCAUUGAAGCCAAGAUGCACAUGUCUCAGUACCACGGUGGGGCCUACACUCCAGUUCUGGAUGCUACGUUUGUUAUGGUGGCCAGAGACCCUGAGAACAAGAGGGCAGCGUUUGUUAACCCUCUGAAGCCAGAGGGAAUUGAGGAGGAGAAACUGUUUCACCAGGGAGAGAUCAAUAAGACGCGUCGUAUAGAGCUGAGUACAGCGUCUCUACUGAAGGUGGCCCCUACUGCUGAGGAGAGGAAGAUCGUACACAGCCUGUUCCUCAACACCCUGGACAGCAAGACAGUGAGUUUCCGUAGCAGAGUUCUGCCUCCUAACUCAGUAUGGAUGGAGGAUGCCAAAGUCAAAGGACUGGAGAUCUGCCAUCCACAGGAGAGGAACAUCUUUAACAGGAUCUUUGGAGGGUUUCUGAUGAGGAAGGCUUACGAGCUGGGCUGGGCCAACGCAUGUGUCUACGGGGGGUGUCGGCCUAACUUGGUUGCCGUGGACGAUAUCCUCUUCCGGAAGCCAGUAGAGAUUGGCUCCCUACUCCUGCUCUCAUCACAGGUGUGUUACACAGAGGGAAAGUACAUCCAGGUCAGAGUUCAUACAGAGGUUCUUGACCCCCUGACCCGGCAGCACAACACCACUAAUGUCUUCCACUUCACCUUCGUCACAGACAAAGACGUCCCCAACAUAGUGCCACAGAGCUACGGCGAGUCCAUGUUGUACCUGGAUGGAAAGAGACACUUUAACCAGACCCUGGAGUCUCAGUGAGACGUGAUGAAUACUGACGAACCAUGACCCAACACAACAACUACCUGCUAAAGCCUUAGUGUCCAGCCACCGCACCCGCCCUCCUUACCGUACGGUGUGUGUAUGUGUAUGUGUGUGUCUAUUUGCAUAACAAGGUAUCUAUUAAUUUGUUUACCUCUAUGUACCAUAUAUAUAUAUAUAUAUAUUUUUUUAUAAACUGGGUGGUUCGGGCCCUGAAUGCUGAUUGGCUGACAGCCGCGGUAUAUCAGACCGUAUACCAUGGGUAUGACAAAACAUUUCAUUUUACUGCUCUAAUUAUGCUGGUAACCAGUUUAUAAUAGCAAUAAGGCACCUUGGGGGUUUGUGGUAUAUUGCCAAUAUACCACGGCUAAGGGCUGUAUCCAGUUACUCCGCAAUGCCUCGUACCUAAGAACAGCCCUUAGCUGUGGUAUAUUGGCCAUAUAACACACCCCCUUAUGCCUUAUUGCUUAAAUAUAUGCAUGCUGUCUGUCUAGUAUAGGUCUGUUUGGUGGUUGAUUCUUCUGGAGUCUGUUUACGUUCUGGGAUCCUGGUUUGGGAACACAGAUGUCAAUAGUGCUAUCACUUUUUUUCUACAUAUCUUCGACAUGAAAUCAAAUUAAAUGUUAUUUGUCACAUGCCGAAUACAACAGGUGUAGAAAUGCUUACUUACAAGCCCUUAACCAACAAUGCAGUUUUAAGACAAAUAAGAGUGAAGAAUUUUUCAAAUUAAAUAAACUAAAGUUAAAAAAUAAAAUAACAAUAAGGAGGCUAUAUAAAGGGGGUACCGGUACAGAGUCAAUGUGCGGGGGCACCGGCUAGUCGAGGUAAUGGAAGUAAUAUAUACAUGUAGGUAGGGGUAAAGUGACUAUGCAUAGAUAAUAAACAGCGAGUAGCAGCAGCGUAAAAUAAAGGAUGGGCGGUUAAUGCAAAUAGUCUGGCUAGCCAUUUGAUUAGCAUGAUUACAUCAACAGGAUUUUAUAUUUUGUCAAAAUGUUAUUCAUGCUACACGGUCUUACAGCUUUAAAACGUGUUUUUCACAGAUACUCAUCACAGGUCUUAUUUUUAUAUAUUCUAUUUGAUAUAAUCUCCAUCUGUGUGUACACUAGGGCGAGUGAAUGGGUGUGUAUGGGUUAUUUAAGGGAAAGUGGCAUCUUUGCUCGAUUCGAUCAAAGUUAUGUAACAAAUGACACAUAUUUGCAAUAAAUAUUUAUCCUUCAUUGUGA